AUGUCUUCUCGCUCCACAUCCAUUCCACACCGAACUUCAGUCUCUUCGACCACUUCUUCGCAGUCCUCUCAGCCUCACCAAAGAAUCCCGCAGCCUCAAAGACUCACUGCGCAGCAACUCGCCGAGCGUGUCAUCUCGCCAGGCUCAGUGCUCUUCCAGUACAGCGCUGCUCCGCCCCCGGGAAGAGACAGACUGCUACACAGGGGAUACACCGAGAUGGAUCGGAGGCAUCCUAGUUCCUUCCAGCAACUGGAAAAGCUAGGUGAGGGAACAUAUGCGACGGUCUACAAGGGCCGCAAUCGACAGACCGGCGAACUCGUCGCCCUCAAAGAAAUCCAUCUGGACUCCGAAGAAGGCACGCCGUCGACGGCCAUCCGAGAAAUCAGUUUGAUGAAAGAGCUCAAGCACGAAAACAUAGUCACCUUACACGAUGUCAUUCACACCGAGAACAAACUCAUGCUGGUCUUCGAAUACAUGGACAAAGAUCUGAAGAAGUACAUGGACACACGUGGCGAUCGGGGACAAUUAGACCAUAUUACGAUCAAGAGAUUCAUGCAGGACUUAUUGAGGGGGACGGCUUUCUGUCACGAGAACCGAGUGCUUCAUCGCGAUUUGAAACCUCAGAACUUGCUGAUCAACACCAAGGGACAACUGAAGUUGGCGGAUUUCGGUCUGGCGAGAGCAUUUGGCAUUCCGGUGAAUACUUUCUCCAACGAAGUGGUCACACUAUGGUACAGAGCGCCGGACGUGCUGCUUGGAUCCCGGACAUACAACACCAGUAUCGACAUCUGGUCCGCAGGCUGUAUCAUGGCAGAGAUGUAUACCGGCCGUCCUUUGUUCCCCGGAACGACCAACGAAGACCAACUCCAAAAGAUCUUCCGAUUGAUGGGCACUCCGUCGGAGCGCACGUGGCCUGGAAUUUCCCAGCUGCCCGAGUAUAAGAGCAACUUUCCAUCCUACGCCACGCAGUCAUUACAUAUUCUGCUGCCGCAAAUAGAUCCGGUAGGCCUCGACCUAUUGGGCAAGCUGCUCCAGCUCAGACCCGAGAAUCGAAUCAGUGCACAAGAGGCGCUGCAACACCCAUGGUUCGCAGAUCUCCCGAACUACGCAGGACAAGGAAGGGCCCAAGUCAGUGCUGCUAUGCAACAGCCAGCUCCACUCGGGCAUCAAGGAGGAGUUCCUGGAGGUUAUGGCACUCAACCAGGCAUGGUAGGACCGGGCGCUUACUGA